UAAACUCCCCCCAACUCCAACCCAACAAACGCUAUCUUGGACUACACAAUGCCUCCCUCCGCCGAAGAACUCCCCACACCAACGCCCUCCAUCGCCCUCACACCCACCGAACCCUCCACCGAACCCUCCACCGCUUCUCCAACAAACACUACAAAACCAAAGCCCACCAUGCCCAACCACGAAGAAUACCAAUACCUAAGCCUAAUCCGCACGAUCCUCUCCAAGGGCGAACACCGGCCCGACCGCACAGGCACCGGCACGCAAUCCAUCUUCGCGCCCCCGCAAAUGAAAUUCACGCUCUCUCAACCGUCCCCUUCCCCGUCCUCCCCCCCAACCCUAAUCCUCCCGCUCCUAACAACCAAACGCGUCUUCCUGCGCGCGGUAAUCGGCGAACUCCUCUGGUUUAUUUCUGGCUCCACGUCCUCGCUCCCCCUCUCCGCCGCGGGGAUAAAGAUCUGGGAUGGCAACGGCUCGCGCUCCUUCCUUGAUUCCGUGGGUCUUACACACCACGCCGAAGGCGAUCUAGGUCCCGUGUACGGAUUCCAAUGGCGACAUUUCGGCGCCGAGUAUCGAGGCUGCGAUGCCGACUACACGGGACAGGGCGUCGAUCAAUUGGCGGAGGUAAUUGAGAAGUUGAAGCACAAGCCGUAUGAUCGCAGGAUUGUAUUGAGUGCGUGGAAUGUGGCGGAUAUUGGGAAGAUGGCGUUGCCGCCUUGCCAUAUGUUUGCGCAGUUUUAUGUGUCGUUUCCGGGGCAGAAAGAUGGGGAGCAGGAGAAACCUCGCGGUGUCCUGCAUUCGAUUUUGUAUCAGAGGUCUUGUGAUAUGGGCCUUGGUGUUCCGUUUAAUAUCGCGUCGUAUGCGCUGCUGACGCAUAUGCUGGCGCAUGUGUGCGAUCUUACGCCUGGGACAUUCACCCAUACCAUGGGCGAUGCACACGUCUACCUCGACCAUGUAGAUGCGCUGAAGAUCCAACUCGAACGUGAACCCAGGGAGUUUCCUACACUAAAGAUAAAUCGGGAGGUUGGAGGGAGUAUCGAUGGAUGGAAAGCCGAGGAUUUUAUCAUCGAGGGAUAUGCGCCACAUAAGACGAUUGCUAUGAAGAUGAGUGUAUAAUGUACUAGUUAAGGGUGUGUGACGCUGGGUCUAGAUAGAUGGGAGGAUAGCUGUUGGAUUUGGAGUCAUGGCUUAUUUGGGAUAUACAUGGAUGGAAUUGGAAUCUCG